ACCUUGUAAUUCAAUUAUUCAAAGCUUCGAAUACAUUAUUAUCAACCAUAUACAAAAUGACUCAAACUAAAGAAACUACUUCUAUUCAUGAGGAUAAUGCUCAGGCCGCUCGACCCUUUCCCGAGCCACCUCAUCAUAUUCCCUUUGCACAUAAGUAUGAACUUGAGCAGUUGGUGAAAAAGAUGAAGGAAACAAUGGAAUACAAAUCAGUGGAAGGUAAUGAAAUGGAAGAACUUAUUAUGAUUGAUGCUAUCCAGCGUUUGGGCCUGGAAUGUUAUUUUCGAGAUGAAAUUUUUGCUACUCUUGAGAAAUGGAGUCAAAUGGGAGAUGACUCUGAUGUUCUCCAUGACGUUGCUUUGCGGUUUCGGCUGUUACGACAAGCUGGGUACGACGUCACUGCAGAAAAUUUUGGAAAAUUCAAGGACAAAGACGGGAGAUAUAAACAAGAACUUAGCAAAGAUGUGAAAGGACUAAUGAGUCUUUAUGAAGCAUCUGAACUGAGAAUUAAUGGUGAUCAAAUACUUGAUGAAGCUGCGGACUUUGCUAGGAAUAUGUUAAUGGGUAUCUUAAGAACCGCAAACAAAUCAGAGAGUGUAGUGAUCAGAAAUACACUGAAAAAUCCAUAUCACAAAAGCCUUCCGAGACUAACAGCUAAGAACCAACUUCACAAUUUUGAAGGCCACGUAAAUGGUUUGCAUGAAUGCUUGGGUAGGCCCGUUUGGGUCAAGGAGAUGCAAGAUCUUGCUAGGAUUGAUCAUAGUCUUGCUCAAAUCCAACUGCAAAAUGAAAUUUGUCAAGUAUCUAGAUGGUGGAAAGAAGUGGGCAUGGGCAAGAUUUUGGAGCAUGCAAGAAACCAACCAAUAAAAUGGCAUAUGUGGUCAUGGGUUGCUCUAACAGGUCCAGAUAUGGCUGAUUUAAGGACUGAACUCACUAAACCAAUUUCAUUCAUCUAUGUAAUUGAUGAUAUCUUUGAUGUUUAUGGUAAACCUGACCAGCUUGCUUUGUUCACUGAUGCUGUCAAAAGAUGGGAAUAUCAAAAUAUCAUUGGGUUACCAGAUUACAUGAAAGUAUGCCUUAAGACACUCUAUGAUACCACUGAUGAAAUGAGCCAUAAAAUAUUCAUUAGGCAUGGAUGGAACCCCAAACAAUGUUUCCAAAAUGCGUGGGCAGAGUUAUGUGAUGCAUUCCUAGUGGAAGGAAAGUGGUUUGCUAAAGGUCACUUGCCUACAACAGAGGAGUACUUGAAGAAUGGAAUAGUUAGCUCUGGAGUUUAUGUUGUUUAUGUGACCCUUUUCUCUCUAUUGGGUGAAGCAAUAAAUGAUCACAAGAAUAUGCACCUUCUCUCAAAGAGUCAUCCACAAAUUGUACAUUUCACGGGUACACUUCUUCGUCUUUGGGAUGAUCUUGGAAGCGCCAAGGACGAGGAUCAAGAAGGACAUGAUGGGUCAUUUGUAGCAUGCUAUAGAAAUGAACACCAUGGAAGCUCAGAUGAAAAUGCAAGAGAAUGUGUAUUUAAGAUGAUUUCAAAUGCAUGGAAGAGUCUAAAUGAGGAAUGCCUUUCUAACUCUCCAUUUUCACAAGAUUUCAAGACAGCUUUCCUUAACUUAGCAAGGAUGAUUCCUAUUAUGUAUAAUUAUGAUGACAAUCAUCGUUUACCAAACCUUGAGAAACACAUGAAAUCACUUCUUCCUCAUGAGUAAACCUACCAUGCAUGCAUGCACGUCUAGGUCUUUAUUUUGAGGAAUAAGUUCUAUGAAUUACAUGAUCAUCAAUAUGUAUAAUAAAUAAAUAUAUCAUAAUUGGUAUCAUAUAUCUUAUCUUAAGUUUCUUUAAAAUUGGUUGUUAUUACAUAAAUUGUUAUAAUACUCCCUGAGUUUUUUUUUAUA